CCGGCCCCGGGGCCUGUUCUGGGCCGGGACCGGAGCUGGUGCCGGGGCUCCUUCGCCAGCGGAGCGUCCCCAAGGUGUCCCCAGUGAGCAUGGAUCCCCAAGAGCUGUCCCCGGCCCUGCUGCAGCCACAGGUCACCGUGGUGGCCAUCCUGGGUGAGCUGCUGGACGCCCUGAGCAGUCAGGACGAGAUGAUGCAGCCCUGGUCCCCAUGGUCCCUGUACUGGGACCUGGAGUUCUUCACCAGGGAGCUCUGGGUCACCCUGCACCGCAUUGAUAACGCCUGGUGGCCCCAAGAUGUCACCUCCGAUGAUGAUAGCCCUUUCAACGCCCUGAGGCAGACCCUGGCCGCCUACAAGAGCACCCCAGGGACCACCUUGUUACCUGUGGGAUUGGCGGUUGGAGCUGCUGCGCCUGCUCAGGGACACCAAGGCCGCCUUGAAGGGGAUAAAUGAGGCAUCUCUCAAUGUCCUCAAGGGUUUGGUGGCCAAGGUGGCCCAGGCCGAGCGGCUGUGGGAGGCCAAUGCCCGCCUGGCCAAAGAUCACCUGCUGGGGGCAGUUGACAACAUCAUCAAGGUCUAUUUCACCGGUGGCUGCGCCAGAUCCAGUGCUUGUGAGGUGGCCGAGCGGUGUCAAAGAGCCAUCGAGGACAUCCCAAGGCUCCUUCGACCCCCAGAGCAUCCCCAGAGUGUCCCCAAUGUAUCCCCAGUGACCAUGGAGCCCCAAGAGGUGUCCCCUCCACAGCUUCAGGUGCUGGUGGCCGUGGUGGCCACCCUGGGCAAGCUGCUGGCCACCAUGACUGGGCCACACAGCGACAAGUCCCCAAACUGCUUACAUGAGGACCUGAAGAACUUCACCCGGAGCCUUCGUGCAAUCCUGAACCACGGCAAUGUCACCUCUCUGGGUCACCCUGGUGUCGCCUCCCUGGGCCGGGCCCUGGCCACCCUCGGGGCCACCCCUGGGACCACCUGGGCCAGUGGGAGAGCCGUGGCCAAGGCCUGGCGGGAGUUAGUGGCCAGGCUCGUGGACCGCUGGGACUGGCUGUCCAGGGAGGCCACCAAGCUCCAUGACAACCACAGGAAGGUAAUCGCGAACCAGCAGCUGAUGGUGGCCCUGGACAAGGAGGAAGUGGCCAGGGAAAUGGCCACAUACGAUGCCCAGGUGGCGGCAGCCACCAAUGAGGGAAUGGGAGAGGCUGUGGUGGCCACCAGGAGGGGACGUUGGGCAGUGGUGGCCCUGGGGCUGCUGCAGUGCUUGGUGGCCACAUGUGACAGAGCCACCUUGUUUUACUGGAACAUGGAGUGGCGGCUCAGGGACCUCGAGGCCAUCCUGAAGGGGACAAACGAGGUGUCCCCUGAUGUCCUCCAGGCCUUGGUAGCCAAAGUGGCCAAGUUUGAGUGGCUGUGGGAGGCCAGCACCCGCCUGGCCAAGGAUCACCUGCUUGGGACACUUGGGGUCAUCGACAACAUCCUCUUGAGUCCCUAUGGUGGCUGGGGUGGCCCCGGUUGCCCUGGCAGCUGUGCAGUGGCCAAGCAAUGCCAAAAAGCCAUCGAGGACAUCCCGAGGCUGCUGCAGGAAAGUUUCACAUGGGAGCACUGACAUCAUCAGGGACAUCGCUGCUGUCACCUGUGCCCUCCCUGUGCAGUAUUUGAGACAGAUUUGGGGAAUUUUCUAGGAAUUUUCAAUGAUACUGUCCCAAAUCCUGAUGGGAAUUCCUGGGGUGACAUCACUGGGGACACUCAGGGACAGUCAGGGACAGGGGACAGGGGUGUAUGGGUCCCCUCAGCAGCUUCCAGCUUUCCACUGUGCCUGCAGCACAGCCAGGUCAUAAAUGGCAAUUUAAUAAUUGCCUUUUGCACUCUUGUAUUGCCUUCUACACAUUGUUAUUGAUCACCAGCAAUUUGAUACAGUGUUUGAUACCGAUAUUGAUUAUCGAUUCAUUGUAGCUGCUGGUUGGUGCAAUAUAAUCUCUUAGUUCAUGUGUGCACCAUACAGCCUAUUAAUAAUUAAAUAAAUGAAUGAAUAAUUGAAUAAAUAAAUGAAUGAAUGAAUAAAUAUAUAAAUGCCCUCUGUAUGAAUCACACCGGGCUGAUCUGAAGUCUGUGUCAGACACAUCACUUGACCAUUGUCACUGCCUUAUUUUCUGAAAAAAUCCUCUUUGCCCAAGAUUCUUCUCCUGGGAAGCCGAGAAGCCUCAGAGAAAAAAAGAAAAUAAUUAUCUGAUUUGCUUCUUCUCUGCUUUGCUGCUUUGGGAUGUGGUUGGAGAUUGUUUAUGCAACAUGUGAAUUGUUUUUACUUAAUGACCAAUCACCAUCCAACUCUGUCAGGACUCUGGAAGGAGUCACAAGUUUUUAUUAUUCAUUCUUGUUAAGCCUUCUGUCUGUAUCCUUUCUCUAUUCUUUAGUAGAGUUUUAGUAUAGCAUUCUGUAAUAUAAAAUAAUAGCAUAAAAUAAUAAAUUAGCCUUCUAAGAACAUGGA